AUGGAGUGCUUGCAAUUAACAUAGAAUUAAAACAUCAAAGAAUAGAUUCCAGAUUAUCAAAAUUAAGAGUAAAUAUUUCAUCGAAAAGAAAGAAUUAUAACUGAUACAAUCACAGAUCUAUCUAAAUUCGAACUAGCUUAAUCUGAAAAAUUCCUUGGAUGUCAAGAUAAUUAUGGAAUUAGUGAAAAUUAAGCUUAGGGUAUUGCCCUGAAACGUUCUAAAUUAUAAGCUUGCUUAAAUGAAACAGAGGCAUUUGCACUAACGACAGAGCAAAAAAGACUCAAAAGACUCAAGAGUAAAAUGUAAUUCAUUGAGUCAGAACAAAAAAGGACACAAGAUUCAAAACUAAAACUUGCUGAAAAGAUUAAAAAAGGUACUUUUGAUUAAAUUAAGAUAGAAGACUCCAAAUUGGAUAUUGGGAUCAGUAAAUGCAUGAUCAGCUAAGACAUGAUCAAGGGAUAUCUAGAGGAACUAUAGAUUUCAGAUGUUAAUAUAUUUUUCUCUGCUUAGUUUGAUGAUUAGACUCCUUUCAUUAGUGAGUAGGUUAAAUUGCUAAAGGACUUGCAAAUACUUCAAUGGAAUUAAAUUUUUUCAAUGAAUAUUAAGAAAGGGGCUGAAGUUCUGAUUAUCAAGCUCUACAUAAAUACUUAGAUUCAUGGAAACAUUUAAAUUGAUGAAUUUUAAGUUUAGAUCAGCAAGUUUCUCACUAAGCUCAUGGACUAAAAACUGUCAAAGCUUACUUAUGAAACAUAAAACUAGACAUAAAUAAUUCUAAUGCUAAAAUGGAGAUACGAUGAUACUAAGUAAAAGUAUUUAGAGCUUUAAAAGCGCCUUUAAAAGAUUUAAGUAGUUCAGAGAAACUAUAAAUAGAAGCUAGAGGAAGCAGAAAACUCAAGCUAGUUACAAAAUAUUAAAAGAGAUCAUAGCUAAGAAACACUAUACAGCAUAAAUUUAGAUUAGCAAUAAUCACAAUUGCUGAAUGAUACAUAGAAUUCCAAAUUUCUAACUGGAUUAAUUAGACCACUAUCUUAGAUCGAAUCAGCACCAAAAAUUAAAAAAAAAGUACUGGCAAGAAAAUCUCAAAGUAGAAGCAGAGUUGACUCCAAGCUAGACUAAACUAUUCUUUCUAAUAGUAAAAUUUCCUAAUAAAACUAUGAUGAUCUAAUAAGUUCGAGAAUCUCUCCUUUCAAAUUUGCUCUUGGUAAAAGCAUCUAGAAUUCUCCUGAUAAUACAGUUAGGGCAAGGAAUCAACAGCAGAUAUCACUAAAUUCUUCAGGAAUCGAAGUGAAUACUCAAGAGUAGCAGUAGAUUUAACUAAUGGAUUAAAGGCAUUAGGCUUUAUAAAAUAAAAAAAGCUAGCCUAAAAUCUCAGGAUUUACUAUCAACCUGAAAAAUUUAAAAGAAAAGACAAAGCAAGUCAUGGAAUAGCUGAAAUAAUCUAGUCCUAGGGGGCCAAUCAAAGUAUUUGAAAAAAAGCCUAAAGAAUCAUAGAAUGAUAUGCAAAGUUAUCUUGACCAAGACAUUUCAAGAAUCUCAUCAGAUUAGUUUCCUAUGGAGGUUUCAUCAGAUAAAAAGAAUGACUCGAACUUCCAAAUUAGUCAAUCUUAGAUUAAUGAGAGUCGUUCUGAGUACAGAGAUACUAGUCCAGGCGAUACUGUUAAUUAAUCCCAAAUAAGCUUAAAUUCUUAAGAUCCCUCAAAGAAAUUUGCUUUAAAAAAAUAGAGAAAUCAAUCCGGUGUUGGAGCAUCUUCUUCAAUAGAUAGUAUUUUAAGACAACAUAAUAACACUAUAACUGUUGCAAAAACAACCAUACCUUAAAAUAUUCUACCUAAUAAUAUAUCUUUCGUUCAAGAUUCUGCUAAUAUUCAAAAGCAUUUCACAUUCAACUCAGAUUAAAAGCUUGAUCAUUAAGACUCUAUAGGAAAAAAUAUUGAUUCAUCAAAAUAAAGAGUUCAGGAUUAUAAUGAUGAUGAAUUCUUUUACCAAAAAUAAGAAAAUCUUGAUAGCAUAAGUGAAUUUGAGUUAAAAAGUUCAAUAGCAUAGUCUGAUUGUAGUCCAAUUAGCAUACCAUAACUAGAUAAAUCAAUGCCUAGUAAGAUAUCUUCUACAACUGACCAAUCAUCAUUUAAUCAGGCGAAUCCAAUAAUGAUGAGCCCUGAUAAACUCAACAUGUUUUAUCUUAUGAGAGGAAGCCCUAACCUUUUUAAUCUCUCAUUGAUGAAAAAUGCAUAAUCUUAAAAAGAAGUAUAAAAUGAUGUGAAUAGCAGUCCAUACUUUAACAAUAAUGGAAAAGAUAUAAAUUAAAAACAAUCUUCAAAAAAUCAGAAUUAAAACAUAACUUCUCAUCAUAACAUACCUCGUAAAACAGCUCAUUAAUAAAAUGCUAAUAAAAUUGUGGAAAAAGUUUAAGUUGCUGAUAGUAAAUAGUCUUCCAGAAGUAUUUCUUCAUUUUUCAAGGGAUUCUUCUGA